UUGGAUUUGUAAUAGAUUUAGGAUUUGUAUUAAGGUUGGAGGCAUGGGUUUGCUUUCUUGGAAAUUUAUUAGAAUCCUUCUUUCUGGGAUUUUCUUGUUUCAUGGCUUUUCUUCAGAAUUACAUUACACAUUUGUUCACGAAGCAACCUCCGCACCAGCAGUGUUGUACUAUGACUACAUCAUCGUCGGUGGUGGAACUUCAGGGUGUCCAUUAGCUGCAACUCUCUCUGAGAAUGCAACUGUUCUAGUCCUUGAAAGAGGAGGCUCCCCCUAUGGCAAUACUAACAUAACCAACAUCGGAAACUUCGUUGCCUCAAUUUCUGACACGUCUCCCAAUUCCCCUUCCCAAUCCUUUAUCUCCGAGGAUGGAGUAUACAACACUCGUGCGCGUGUUCUUGGCGGUGGAAGCUCCCUGAACGCCGGAUUUUAUACUCACGCCAGCGCUGAUUUUGUGAAGGAAUCUGGAUGGAGUGAAAAAUUGGCUAAUGCGUCUUAUGAAUGGAUUGAGAAGAAGGUUGUGUUUGAGCCAACAAUGUUACAAUGGCAAUCAGCAGUGAGGAAUGGGUUGAUAGAAGCAGGAGUAUCUCCUUAUAAUGGUUUUACUUAUGAUCAUGUUUCUGGAACUAAAAUUGGAGGCUCAAUCUUUGAUGCGGAUGGUCACAGGCACACUGCUGCUGAUCUGCUGGAGUAUGCUAAGCCAAGAAAUAUUCUGGUCUACUUGCACGCCACUGUGCUCAAGAUCUUGUUUACAGGAAAAGGGAGACCAUGGGCAAGACCAAGAGCUUAUGGGGUGACCUUUGAAGAUGAUUCGGGGACAAGGCACACGGCAUUCUUGAAUAGGAACUUAUGGAGCGAGAUAAUCUUGUCGGCUGGAGCAAUAGGAAGCCCACAACUGCUAAUGCUAAGUGGUAUUGGACCUGCUUAUCAUCUUCGAGCCCAUGGCAUUCCUGUUGUGCUCGACCAUCCCAUGGUGGGCCAAGGAAUGGCUGAUAACCCAAUGAAUCUUCUGUUUGUUCCCUCCCCUGUCCCUGUUGAGGUCUCUCUCAUUCAAGUUGUGGGCAUCACUCAAUUUGGUAGCUUCAUCGAAACAGCCAGUGGUUUGACAUUUGCUUACUCUUGGGCUCAAGGAUUCGUUAGGGAUUAUGAAUUGUCCUUAAAUAAGACAGGCCAACAAUCCAUACUGACUCCAGAAGCUAUGGCAAGAGCUGUUGAAACCGUGAAUUCCCUUGUGAACGCAACAUUAAAAGGCGGAAUUAUUCUAGAGAAGGUGACGGGUCCACGUUCCACAGGCGAUCUGAAGCUCAGGACCACAAAUCCAAACGACAACCCAUCAGUGAAAUUCAACUACUUCAAAGACCCAGAAGAUUUGAAGAAGUGUGUACAAGGCAUGAAAACCAUUAUCAAUAUAAUAAACACAAAGGCAUUUUCAAAAUUUCGAUACAAACAUGUACCAGUGCAAGCUCUGAUUAGCUUAAUGGCAAACCUACCAGUGAACUUGAGACCACGGCAUUCUACUACAACAAUUUCCUUGGAACAAUUUUGCAUAGACACAGUGAUGACCAUAUGGCAUUAUCACGGAGGUUGCCAAGUUGGGAAGGUUAUUGAUCGAAAGUACAGAGUUCGUGGGGUUGAUGGACUAAGGGUUAUUGAUAGCUCUACUUUUCUUGGCUCGCCUGGGACUAAUCCUCAAGCUACCGUUAUGAUGCUGGGAAGAUACAUGGGGAGGAUGAUGAUGCGUGAGAGAAUUACUAAGUGGAAGGCUUAUUGAGCAUCAUUGUGAGUCGAUGUUAAGUUGUAUAUAGUAUCGGAAUACAGUGAAUUUAAUUACUUCAAUUUUUGUAGUAAGUUUGCUUUUCUGUUAUUUGGUAGAGAAAGCUGCCAAAAUUUAAUACAUUUCAAUAUAGCAUUGUUCAAGUUAUUUUUACAACUAAAGCCCCUUC